AUGAGCAGCAGCGCAAGCGGCAGCAGCGCGAACGCGAACGCACCGGCGCUCGACAUCAACGAAUUCCUCGAUAUUGCUGAAUUCAACCGUGGCCUCGCCACAAUCUUCAACAUGGACCUCUUCAACACCCCAGUCAACGAGACUUCCGAUGAGAUCCACUAUAAUACCUACGUUCUCGCCCGCAUCGUUGAUUAUAAAGUCUCCUCAACAUGUCAAGGUCUCGAGCUGCUUGGAUCAUUCCAAGAAGACUUUGAGGAUUGGGAGGAAGACGACUUCAAGAAGGUCGAUCAAGGGUCCAUCACGGCAUUCCUAGUAAAUCUGAAGAACCGUGACCGACUUCCUGAGUGGGAUGAAGACGAUCUUCGUGAUGCCAUCUUAUACGAGAAAACGGCCGCCUACCGACGCCAACAAGAACUCCUCAGACGUUCGCCAUCGCUAGCAACAACCCCAGCACCAACCCCAGCACCAGUCACUCCCGAUCUAAACCUCCCACCAGCUAUCGACCGCGAAGCUUACCGGACCGUGCCCCCAGUCCAGGUCCCCAAUGAAGACCUCGAUCCUGCCAUCGCCAACCAGUUUUCUAAGCUAUGGGAUCGAAAGCUCAACUAUUCAGGUGACGCCUACGAUAUCCUAGAUGAUAAGAUCCGUUACUUUCUCGAUGCCUGCCUCACAGCUAGCAUCAAACCGUCACAAUUCCACGCUUUGUUCUCAAAUAUCCUCACGAAGAGAGCAAAGAACUUCUUCGUGCAUCAAGUCAGCCGCGAUUCAACGUUCGCGGAGAUGUAUCAGAAGAUGAAGCAGCACUUUGAUACGGAAGUCAAUAGGCAACAGUAUCACACUGACUGGACCUCGAUCAAUUUCACACAGCUUCGGAAGGAAUCUCCGAGAAGCCUCUCUGUGAAAUCCUCCAGGCUCUUCUUGACAAAUUGCAGCUAUGCCAGAGAGCUCUUGGGAAUAGCUAUGGCGGCGAAGACCAGCUAA